GCGACCCGGCGGGGAAGGAAAUAGCUGCGAGAAGCCCGGAAGUGGAAGUCUCCAUGGUGACUGUUGCCAGCAGGACGCGUUGCUAUGGCUCUCUGGCGGAGCCCAGCAGCUCAGGAUCGAGCAGACCCCGGAGGAGGAAAGCCCGGGGGGGCAAGGCCUGAGACUGGAUCCGGGCCUCAGCCAGAGGCUGAGUCCGAGCAGGAGCCCGAAGAACCCGAGUCCCAGCCUGUCCCUGCCUGCCUCGCCUGGAGCGCUUUGGAGGUGGCCGAGUGGGUCCGGCAGCUGGGCUUCCCCCAGUAUGAGGAGUGCUUUACCACUAAUGGCAUCACUGGCCGCAAACUCAUCCAUGUUAACUGCUCAAACCUGCCGCAGAUGGGCAUAACGGACUUUGACCACAUGAAGGUGGAUUUUUCAAAUAAGAGGAGGUGUCUGGGAUUUUUGCAAGCAGAUGUUGUAAAAUGUUCACAAACAGCCCCAAUUUGGUCCCCCUCUCCUACAUCUGCAUCUGGUGCAUCCCACCCACCCAGAUUCUGGCACUGGGGAGGAGGAGAGGCAGGAAGGCUCUGACUGACAGCUGUAACUGCAUCCUGGGCCUGCAUUAGCCACUCUGUCACUGACUGGGGAUGACACUCUCCCACCUCAAGAGGGAGGCUACAGAUUUCCUGCUCUUCAUUGUGUCCUCUUUUUGGGAAUAUGAAAUAUGCUAACCCUAUACUCAGGGCUUUCUGAAAAUCAGGUCCCUAUUUAAAGUGUCUCAAAUUGGGCUCCCAUCCAUGACUCUGAAAAUGUAAACUGCGAAGUUGAAUCUAGAUUUCAGAUGAACUCUAUCACAGUGCUAAAGCCAACAUUCAGGAGUCUAGAUUAGUUCUGAAGGUAUCCAUUAUUGCCAACUCUUUUGUCUUAUUGCAAGGUUUGUGAAAGCGGAUGUGUUUUGUAAACCCCCAGAUCCUGGAGUCAUGGGAUAUGAGAUUCUUGAUUUCUCUCCCCACUCCUAUCCCCUAAAAGAAAAAAAAAUCUAAAAAUUCUAGUCUGCAUGGUUGCAGAGUAAAGUUUGAAACAUAACACAGCAGAGGAAACUGGUGAAGGAGGGUGAGCAGGGGUACCAGCCACAUGCCAUCCCCUCCCAGCCUGGGGAAUGGCUGAGACAACUCUCCUCCACCUCAGGUCCCACCUCUCCCCAUCUCUGCUCCACCUCUUUCCACUCCCUUGAGUGGAGCUUCAGAGAAUAGCAGGGGCCGUUCUCUCCCCACCCCACCUCCCACACACAGCAGCAGCAGAGAGGCAAGUGGAGCAAUGUGGCCCCAGCUCACUUUUUUCCUCCCACCCCAUCUCUCUGCUUCCCAGCAGUCAGUGUGGAGCAAUGCCCCUCCUCCCCCCAUAAGCAAUGUGGCCAGAGAAGCACACAUAGCAAGCUGGGGGCACUGCUCUGCUUGCCCCACUGCUGGCGAUGAGCAUGACAGGUGGCGGAGCCCUGCUGCGGGCACUAGACCCACCCCCUGCUAGUUUUCCCAUUGGCUACUAGCUGGCCAUUUUCCCCUCCUACCCACAGUGUUUGGGGAGACAUGCCAUGUACAGACGGCUGCUGGAGCUGAAGCAGCCAGCAGUUUGCAGCCUAGCACUGGUCCAUUGGGAACCACUGGGGCAGGGAGCUCACUGGCGCCGCCCCCACCCCUAAGGAUGAUCAAAUAGUUGUGUAGCCAUUAAAAUUUGAUGCGGUUACACGAUUAUUCAAUUACACGCUAACAUACCUAGAAGCAG